AAAAACAAUUUAUUCAACUGCACAGCUAUAUUUACACGAUUGUGACGGCAAUGUGAAGCCACUGGUGACUAAUUGAGUUCUUUAUCACGGGUUUUGCUAUGUCGACCUUGGCUACCUUGUUGCUAUUUGGGCAAUAUUACGCAGUUUGUGGUGGCUGUGUUAAAUAUUAAAGCCUUGAGUGCUUUUGUAAAAUUUAUGGCAUAUGUCAUUUCGCGUCAGGUGGUUUUAAAAAACACGAAACAAAAACGACAUUAGUCUGCUUCGAUACAUGACAUCUUGCCGACGUGGCUCGUAAGCGAGUUCUUGAAGAGAACAGUGGUGUAUAACCGAACACAGACUUCAUGACGCUCUACCUGCAAGAUCGUCAUUUCAUUUGUAUGCAAAAUAAGAAGUUGAUGGCACAUGGUGGCACUUUAUUUGCUAAUUGCAUCUAUUUCAGUGACUUACAAAUUGACAGAUUCGACUGGUGAAAAUGAGGCAGGAAAACCCACUUGUUUGGGAUAUGAGCUGCUCUUCAACGUUUUACAUCCAUCGCAUCACUCGGGUUUCCUGUCUGUAAAAAAUCUUAGAAUUGAUUUUUCUACAAAGGAAAAAUAGCAUAAAUAUUACGAUGCGGUUCAAAACACUUGUUCAAAAGAAGAACCAUCUAAAAUUAAAAGAAAGACAAGUAUUUCAAAUCAAGCAAAAUAAUUUGUCUGCAACUUAAUUAACGAACGAAAGAAACAUUUGCAGAUUCACUGAUGACCUGUUUAAGGCUUCUUUUAUUAAUUUGAACACCAGAUCAACAUCUUCCGAAUAUGUCUAUGUAUUCUGAGAAAUUUAAGCUUUGAUUAUUAUUUUGAUGAAAAUAAAAGGCAAGCGUAAACAAGGUUGGCAGGAAACUAAUUGAAACAAGCUUUCAAAGAAAAGAAUAUGGCGAUAGAUUAUUAACAAAAGCUAGAAUUGCAAAUUUUCAUCGCCAGUCACAAUAAAAUCAAAUAAAAUUUGCCAAGUCAGAUGUGAACUUGUAAAAAAAUAUUGGAACAAUUUUUAAUGAAGAUCUUUAGCCUUGUUUUCAUGAACGCCCCAAGGCGGAACAGUGUUGAUAUGUUGUCGAUCAAAACAAGAUUCGCUUUUGUCUCAUUGGACGAAAUGUUAAACUUCGCCGCCCACCUCAUCAAAAUACAAUAGAACUGUCAAACAAAAUACACUUUAGCACGACCGUCAGUUGUCAAUAGUAGACACUGUAUAUUUUGAUGUAAAUCAGCAACGUGAAUGAUAAGUUGACCACGUGCACCCCUUAUCUGCUGGAAGAUAUAAGCCAUGAAAGAUACACCAUUGACCAGUGGCGUGCGGUAUGUUUCCGGUUUCAGACAAAAACGCCAGAACAGGUAAUGACGAUACUAAGUGUUCUGCUGGCCUCUCUCGUGCACAAGCCGCCAACAAACUGAAACCGUUUUCUUUCGGUGAACCUUUCACAGCAUGAAACGCCAAAUCGGUUUAGCGAAAGCUGGGACCGCGUAGAGUGUCAAAGAGCGACGCUGGAACGAGCUGGGAACAGACAGCAGCCGGGUAAACACAACCAACAAUCAUUUGCGGAUUAGGCGAUUACUGCGAAGUCUUGCUGUGUUUGGUGAGGACAACAGACAUUCCAUGAAGAGGAAAGAGAGAUGGAAAUAUGUUUGGUGCUUCUAUGUGGUCUGCUGAUAGCCUCCGGCGCCCUUUCAUCGACAGCCGAUGGUAAUUUUGGAAAACGACCACUCAAAGGUCUUGCCGUAAAUUUACACCCAACCUCACUGGAUGUUCUUGGCGGCAAUGUUACUUUGUCAUUCCGAUUUCCGAGCAAUUUCUCAGGAUUUUCUGGUAAUCGAACUCUCGAAGUGUUAGUCAACGAAAAGGUUAUUGGAAAAAAACUCUUUAAAACGACUGUACCGCUGGAUCGACGAGAAAUUUCUGUCAUUUUACCAUGUGAAAUCUUCGACCACCCAGUCAUAUACAGCUUUAAGUAUCGCAUUUCGGACAGUGAAUAUGGUGGGGUUAUCUCGCAGACACUGACUCUCCGAUGGGGAGGAAUCUUCAUCGAUUCGCCGGCGAACCACACUGCCUUAACCCGGUUUAAAUCGAUCAAAAUUCGACAUAAUCGCAAAUGUUUGCCCAAGGCAUACCGCGACGAAAUUAAUCUUUACUACAUCCAAAGUGGCAGCAAGCCGAUGUUUGUGACUCGAAAAUACAUUCGUAAACUGUCCAGUGGCAAGCAAAGAAUUCCUAAAAUGCCCCAGAUUCGAAUGAGUUUUACCUGCGAUUUCUUCGACACGCAAGGAAAAUACUUCUUCGAGUAUCGCACUGGCUACAAAAAUGUUAAAUUGGCAAAAAGUGAAGAGGUCUACGUCCAUUGGGGCGAACAAACUCUCUCCUCUCCUGUCUCGACGAUUUUUCCAUGUACUAACUCCCUGGCAAUUUCAUUCGCUCAACCGAGCUGCUCAUUUGUACGAAGUCAAGAUGCUAUCGUCCUCGCCAAGAAAGACUCUAAGAAACCCAUUGUACAAAAAGCUGUGCAACAAGGGCACGAUGUCACGUUUUUCCCGUGCACGCUGUUCAAGGAUUAUGUAGAGGAAUAUUGCUUUCAUUACAUUACAAAGUCGAGGCUCACUAAACGCUCUGUGGCUGUUGCAUCUCUCUGUUUGCCAUCCCUUCCUCCGGGCAAGGCAUAUAAUGAGGGGUGGAGUUCGUGGUCCUCUUGGGGCUUGUGUUCCAGCUCUUGUGGUCAGGGGAAGCAGCAUCGCUCGCGAUACUGUCUGAGUGUCACCACAUCCAAGGACAAGGAAUCGACAUGCGAUGGAAAUGCUCUCAUGUCCAGGUCCUGCGCGCUCAAUCCUUGUCCAGAAUCGGGAGCCUCGUGUUCAUGUGGAUGCCGGCUAACAGAACCACAAGGAAUGAUUACGUCAUCGCCCCAGUUGUUCACCCGGCCUGGAAAUCCUAGCUGUACAUGGGUCAUAAGCUUAGCAGAAGGGAAAAGGGUUCGACUGUGGUUUGAUGCCUUAAAAAUGAAUGGAGAUUCCAUCAUAAUUCGUGACGGAAAAGAUCGCAGUGCGCCAAAACUGGUCAUUAUAAAGGACGAUUCUUUUAAAGAGGAAAUAGUGUCAACUGGGAACAGCAUGUACUUAUUUUACAAACAUAAUGGGAGAUGGACCAACGGCACACGGAGAGGAUUUACCGCUUCUUACAGCACGGAAACCGAAGCUGAACCAGCCGAGGUGAUUCGCAGAAAGACUUUGGGAACGGCUGAGAUUACAUUUCUUGCGGUAUUCGUGUUUGCUGUGCUGGUUAUUGCUGUACUUUUGUUCAUUGUCUUUGCAAAAUUGCGCCGACACCACAAAAAUAUUCCUUCAUCGUCCAGCGGAAGCUCAAGUACGUCAGAGUCCACGCUUAGGUCAACGGGAACGUCGUCUCCUCUUGACGACGAAGCUCUUAGCAACGAACCUUUAAAAACUUAUCGAAAUCAAAGAACUAAAAAAGGCGAUCGAAGAAGAUCGUCGCACAGAAAAAGGAUGCGAAGGACAGAAUUCCUUUGUGAUGCAGAUCACGUACCAAGAUGUACCUGUGGCGAAAUUUCCGAACUAGACUCGGCCACAGGAAGUAAUUCGGCCAGCGAAUUCUCGCCUGUUAAAGCUAUUAACGGUUUGGAAAGGGUCUUAGUUCGGGAGGACGUGGAUUGUGACUGUCCCGACUGCCUCAGAACUGAGAGGUAUCCUUUAAAUGGGUGCCCAGAAUUUCGAGCCCCAGAGAAAAAGUAUUACGGAGACUGGAUGUUGACGGAAAUGCCCGGAGAGAAACAAUUUCAAACGAAUCAGCGUAUUUAUAGGGAUCCUUGUCAAGGUUAUGUGUAAAUAUUGUUCAUCGUCUCAUUAAUGAGGAACAAUUGUGAAAAUCGGGUGAAUUCAAAUCAUAGUACGAAUAACUUAAGGUAUAAACUGGAAACCAAUCGUUAAUUAAAUUUUAUCCUCACGUUACGUCUUUAAUAAGCCAUUCCUGAGCUCCAAGAACCCUUACUCUCUACAUGAGAUCAAGAAUGCCAAUCAUUCUCGUAUCAAAAGCUUGUUCUUACUCACCUCGUUUUGAAGCAGAAACUUUGGGCUUUGUUUUUUGCUUUGGACUUUUAGAAAUGGCUCAACGGUGUGUUUGUUUGUUUGUUUGUUUCGUUUCUUUUGUUUGUUUUUCGGUUGAUUUAGGCAAAAGAAUGUGUUACUCCCCGUUCGUUUUUUUUUUUUUUAAGCCCAAAAGUUUCUCAUGAUCAUGAGACAACUGUUUGUUAGCUUAAGACGCUCUUCGCUAAAUACUUCGUUCCACCAACAUAAAAUUAUGUGUAAUUUUAUUGAUGCAGAGAAAUUUAUUUUAAAAAUAACAAUAAUCAUACUAUUCACUUUUUUUUACUAAAAGUUGAACUUAAUGAGUAUGCGUGGUUUUUGCGGAUUGUGGUGUGUUUUGAACUCUGAUCGGCAAAUAGGCAUUCAACCAUUUUAACGUUAGAAUAUUACGGUUGAAGUGCAGAUUUAGAAGUGUCGUUGAGUUUAUUUAGUUUUGUGUUAUUUUUUAAGCAAAGACGUUUUCGCAUUUGUCUUAUACGACGUUUUGUUUUGUUGAAGACCUACGUGAAAAACUCCUCACAAUGCCACUUUUGUAGGAAAAAAGAAUUGAUAUUACUUUUAGAAAAAAUAUGGAGAGUACUAUUAGACUUCAUUCUAGCAAACAUAACAUAAGGUAAUUAUAAAUACUUAUAUUAAUGUAUUAGACUUUAGUUUAAUAUUGAAAAUGCAUCAAUACCAUAUAUUUGUAGUAUAAAGUUUUGUAUAACAAUUAGAGAGCCCUGAUAGUUGGGCAAGACUAAAUUAAGAUACUUUUGGAGAAAAAGGAUAUACUGUACGAUUAAAAGGUAAUUGUUUAUUUAUUGAAUCAGGGAAAAAGGGAAAGACCUUUAACUACUUAAUUGGGGAUUUUGAAGAGAAACGCGGUAGUGUUAGUCUUAGGCACGAAUUUAUGAAAUAAAUUGAUACAAAAGUGA